UUAGAAUGGAAUGGGGAUCUGCUCCGGUGUGAGCAGGAGACGCAGGACCCUACAAAACUUCUCAACAACAAGCCACCUAGGAGCAGGAAGACCAAGUGGCCUCGCAGCAUCCCCUAAGAUCGUUGCCUCCUCCUGUGGGGCUUCAGAAAGAAGGAUCGAGUGGAGAAGGCUUGCAGAGAAGUUGAUGCUUGAAGGAUCUGUGCAGCUGAGGGAUGGGAGAAAUGCAAAUGUGAUGUCCUAGACAGCUUUGGCACACAAAGGGUGGCAGCUAGACCUCAAAGCCAGGAGUUCUUGGCUGUUUGCAUGAGCUUCUUGAAGCUGUCUUCCUCCUUGGCUGAUGAACUCACGAUCUACACAAGAAGUUGGGUCCUCCUGGGAGCUGUGUGAGAUCUGAAGCCUCCUUGCUGAGAGUUUUUUGGGGGGGAUUAUUUCUUGAUGAAAACAACUCUUCCUCUAAAUCAAGUCAGAUUUUUAGUAUUUUUUGGAGUUGUGCGCUUGGGAAGUUACCCUUUAACUGCUGAGGAGCCCUCCUAUGCUCACCACACUGGGAUUUUUUUCAUUUUAUUUUUAUAAAAAAAAGCUUGCUUAUAUUAAGCUAACUGGAUUUACAAUUCUUGCACAAGGAAUUAUUGGGUUUAUAAACCACAUUUUUGGGGCUUUCCUUGGUAUGAGAUUAAUAUCUGAGAGUACUGGACUACAAUGAUUGCAGCAUUUGCUUGCUUUUGCCUGCUGUGUGGAUCAAUAUGCAUGUCCUCAGGCUCACGUCUUCGCCAAGAAGAUUUCCCGCCUCGUAUUGUGGAACAUCCGUCAGAUCUUAUAGUCUCAAAAGGUGAACCUGCGACACUAAACUGUAAGGCAGAAGGCCGUCCAGCUCCAUCAAUUGAGUGGUAUAAAGGAGGUGAAAGGGUGGAAACUGAUAAAGAUGACCCACGCUCUCAUCGAAUGUUACUGCCGACUGGAUCUCUAUUUUUUUUACGCAUUGUCCAUGGACGCAAAAGCAGACCGGAUGAAGGGGUCUAUGUCUGUGUUGCACGGAAUUACUUGGGAGAAGCAGUCAGCCACAAUGCGUCUCUUGAAGUAGCCAUUCUGAGAGACGACUUCAGACAGAACCCUUCAGAUGUCAUGGUGGCUGUUGGAGAACCUGCCGUGAUGGAAUGCCAACCUCCUCGAGGUCACCCAGAACCCACAAUAUCUUGGAGGAAAGAUGGGACAUCAAUAGAUGACAGAGAUGAGCGAAUCACGAUACGAGGUGGAAAACUUAUGAUCACCUAUACAAGAAAAAGUGAUGCAGGGAAAUAUGUUUGUGUCGGUACAAAUAUGGUGGGUGAACGGGAAAGUGAAGUAGCAGAACUAACAGUAUUAGAAAGACCAUCCUUCGUAAGGAGGCCAAGUAACAUGGCAGUCACAGUAGAUGACAGUGUUGAGUUUAAAUGUGAAGCUCGAGGUGAUCCCGUUCCUACUGUUCGUUGGAGGAAAGAUGAUGGUGAUCUUCCAAAAACAAGGUAUGAAAUCAGGGAUGACCACACACUCAGGAUUCGCAAAGUAAUAGCUGGGGAUAUGGGAACGUACACGUGCAUCGCAGAAAACAUGGUUGGCAAAACAGAAGCAUCAGCUAUCCUCACUGUCCAAGUUGUUUCUGAACCUCCAAACUUUGUGGUGAAGCCACGUGAUCAGGUGGUCGCUUUGGGACGUACAGUCACAUUUCAAUGCGAAGCAACAGGAAAUCCUCAACCAGCUAUCUUUUGGCAGAAGGAGGGCAGCCAGAACCUGCUCUUUUCCUACCAACCUCCUCAGUUAUCCAGCCGCUUCUCAGUGUCUCAAACCGGUGACCUCACGAUCAUUAAUGUCCAGAAAUCUGACGUUGGCUAUUAUAUCUGCCAGACUCUAAAUGUGGCGGGCAGCAUUACAACAAAGGCUUAUUUAGAGGUUACUGAUGUGGUCGCUGACCGUCCCCCGCCAGUCAUCCGACAAGGUCCUCAGAAUCAAACAGUAGCGGUCGAUGGCACUUUACUCUUAAACUGUGUAGCUACAGGAAAUCCAGUUCCCACAAUUCUUUGGAGGAAGGAUGGCAACCUUAUCAACACCCAGGAGUCUCGGACCAAGCAGCUGGACGCGGGAGCCCUGCAGAUCAGAUAUGCCAAGCUAAGUGACACGGGCCGGUAUACCUGCACAGUAUCCACGCCGAGCGGAGAAGCCAGCUGGACCGCAUACAUCGAAGUCCAAGAAUUCGGAGUUCCCGUACAACCUCCACGAGCCACAGAUCCUAAUCUUAUCCCAAGCGCUCCUUUAAAGCCUGAAGUCACCGAUGUCAGCAAGAAUACAGUGACCUUAUCCUGGCAGCCAAACCUGAAUUCUGGUGCAACUCCGACAUCGUACAUCAUAGAAGCCUUCAGCCAUGCUUCUGGGAGUAGUUGGCACACGGUGGCCGAAAAUGUCAAGACUGAAUCUUUUGCUGUCAAGGGCCUGAGACCCAACGCAAUCUACCUCUUCCUGGUGAGAGCAGCUAAUGCAUAUGGACUGAGCGACCCAAGUCAGAUAUCCGACCCUGUAAAGACACAAGAUGUUCCUCCUACAAGUCAAGGCGUAGAUCACAAACAAGUCCAGAGAGAAUUGGGGGAUGUGGUUCUGCACCUUCAUAAUCCAACCAUCCUCUCGUCCUCUUCAAUUGAAGUACAUUGGACAGUUGACCAACAGUCUCAGUACAUUCAGGGCUACAAGAUCCUCUACAGGCCGAGUCCAGAGAAUCGCCUGGAAUCUGCUUGGUCCAUAUUUGAAGUCCGAACUCCAGCAAAAAACAGUGCAGUGAUCCCUGAGCUUAAAAAAGGGGUGAACUAUGAAAUCAAAGCCCGGCCUUUCUUUAACGAGUUCCAAGGAGCUGACAGUGAAGUGCGUUUUGCCAAGACCCUGGAAGAAGCACCCAGCGCCCCACCUCAGAGUGUCACUAUUACCAAAAAUGAUGGCAAUGGGACUGCAAUUAUAGUCGCCUGGCAACCACCUCCUGAAGAAAACCAAAACGGUUUGGUCCAAGAAUACAAGGUUUGGUGUCUUGGGAAUGAAAGCCGAUAUCAUAUUAACAAGACAGUGGAUGGCUCCUCUCUCUCUGUGGUCAUCCCAUAUCUAGUACCAGGCAUCAAGUACAGUGUGGAGGUGGCAGCGAGCACUGGAGCUGGGCCGGGGGUGAAAAGUGAGCCACAGUUGAUCCAGUUGGAUUCCUUUGGAAACCCCGUGCCUCCUGGUGACCAAGUAAGCCUUGCCCAGCAGAUAUCAGAUGUGGUCAAGCAACCAGCCUUCAUUGCAGGGAUUGGUGCUGCCUGCUGGAUCAUCCUGAUGGUGUUUAGCAUCUGGUUGUACCGUCAUCGCAAGAAACGCAGCGGACUUACCAGCACCUAUGCUGGCAUCAGGAAAGUCCCGUCUUUUACCUUCACGCCAACAGUGGCAUACCAGCGAGGCGGGGAAGCUGUAAGCAGUGCGGGAAGGCCCGGUCUCUUAAAUAUUUCAGAGCCUGCGACUCAGCCUUGGCUUGCAGAUACCUGGCCAAACACAGGUAGCAAUCACAAUGAAUGUCCUAUUAACUGCUGCACAUCUGGGAAUGGAAGCAGUGACAACAAUCUGGCUACUUAUAGCCGACCCGCUGAUUGCAUAGCGAACUACAACAACCAGUUGGACAACAAACAGACGAACCUGAUGGUACCCGAGUCUGGAGUUUACAGUGAUGUGGAUUUAAGCAACAAAAUCAAUGAGAUGAAAACCUUCAAUAGCCCAAAUCUUAAGGAUGGUCGAUUUGUCACGGCGGCCGGCCAACCCACCCCUUACGCCACCACUCAGCUUAUCCAGUCCAGUAUCAGCAACAACAUCAACUCGUCUAGCGUGGACGUGGAUGAGAAGCACUGGAAGCCGUCUGCUCAGCACAAACCAGAUGUCGCCCCCAUGCAGUACAACAUCAUGGAGCAAAAUAAAAUCAACAAAGACUAUCGUGCUGCAGAUACUAUGCCGGCUACUAUCCCUUACAACCAGUCCCAUGAUCAGAACACGGGUGGAUCAUAUAACAGUUCAGAUCGAGGAAGUAGCACAUCAGGGAGUCAAGGUCAUAAAAAGGGAACUCGAGCUCCAAAAGGAUCUAAGCAGGCUGGUAUGAACUGGGCUGAUCUUUUGCCACCACCACCGACUCAUCCACCACCACAUGGAGCCAGUGAAGACUAUACCCUGUCAGCAGAUCACGGGUAUGACAGAGAUCUACCAUGUCCAAUGCCACCAACAAGAAUGUAUCUCCAGCAAGAUGAGUUGGAAGAAGAAGAUGAACGAGGUCCUACACCACCAAUACGAGGAGCUGCUUCGUCUCCAGCUGCUGUUUCCUAUAGUCACCAGUCCACAGCUACUCUUACUCCAUCACCUCAAGAGGAGCUUCAGCCAAUGCUUCAGGACUGUCAGGAGGAUGUAGUUCUAGCUCCGCAUCAGCUUGAGAGAAGACGACAUCAGAUAAGUCCUCCUCCUCCACCCAGACCCAUAUCUCCACCUCAUACAUAUGGGUACAUUUCUGGACCAAUAGUGUCCGAUAUGGAUACAGAUGUCCCAGAAGAAGAAGGGGAUGAAAUGGAUAUGGAGGUGACAAAGAUGCAAAGCCGCAGACUUCUGUUACGCGGCUUAGGGCAAACACCCGCCUCUAGCGUUGGAGACCUAGAAAGUUCUGUCACCGGCUCAAUGAUCAAUGGAUGGGGUUCUGCCUCCGAGGAGGACAAUGUCUCUAGCGGGAGGUCUAGUGUCAGCUCUUCGGACGGCUCGUUUUUCACAGAUGCUGAUUUUGCACAGGCUGUUGCAGCUGCUGCAGAAUAUGCAGGACUGAAAGUAGCAAGACACCAAAUGCAAGAAGCAGCAGGUGGACGAAGACAUUUCCACUGUCCCAGACCUACAAGCCCGGUGUCGACGGAUAGUAGCAUGAGCGCUGCCAUCAUGCAGAAAAGCCGCCCAGCCAAAAGACAGAAACACCAGCAAGGACAUUUACGGAAAGAUGUCUACACAGAUGAUUUACCACCUCCACCAUUGCCACCUCCCGCAAUUAAAUCCCCAACUGGACCAUCCAAAGCACAACUAGACAUGCGUUCUGGCAUGCCACAAAAGUAUACAACUGCCGAUCAAAGAUUAGAUAGACUGGCAGAGAGAAAAGGGGUCAACUACAGAGGAAGAGAUGGAGGGGAUGGCAGACAGCAUGCAGAGGUCCGGACAAAUUCAGGAGAGAGGAGGGAAUCUGUAGAUCACUUAGAUGGAAAGAUGAAAAGAGCAAAGCCAUCCAAAAGAGAUGGCACAUCAACAAAAACACAAGAGGACAUCUUACCGUAUUGUAAGCCAACAUUCCCUAGUUCAAAUCCCCCUAGAGAUCCCAGCUCCUCCAGUUCGAUGUCUUCAAGGGGAUCUGGUGGAAGACGGAGAACAGAUCAGGCAGCAGGACGUAGGAAUGCAGCAGAAAUGCAGCUCUUAGGGACAUAUGAAAGAACCUUUGAUGAAGAUGAAAUUGAGGAAACGGAAAGUUGAAGGCAAAAGAUGGAGAUGAUGGAAAUGCUAUCAGAUAGUAAAUCCUUCAAGAUGCCUCAAGACGAAUGACGUUAUGCCAGAGAUGCUGUUCAGUGCAAUCAGAUUAUACAUGCUCUUUCAUUUUAUACCCAUGAUAAAGGCUGAACACAUUUUUGCUUCAUUUGUUUACACUCUCUUUGUAUAAGACCACCUUGACAUUUACCUCUACCCCAACAAGCAGCACUUACCCCUGGCAUCUUCUUACCGCUCAGCCAAAAUGGCUUUUAUCGUGUCCCAAGGGGUAUUGGCCAAGAAUGCUGCUUUAAAAAAAAAAACAGCCAGCAGAAGGUGCCAAGACUGGAAUCUAAAGCUUGUUGCCUAUCAAGCCGCUCACAUCCGUUGCCUAUGAAACCCUAUGAUGAAGUGGCGCAGAGCGUUGCUUCUGAACCACCAAAGCACCGACGUCCAACUGUAGUUUAAAACAACUGUUCAGACAAUGGAAAACCAUGCACAAAUGUCAAUCAUUUUCGCGACUCAGCAUUGGGGCGCAUCAAGUGAAAAUGCAUUUAACCAAGGAUGCUUUCAUUGUAGACUUGAAAUUACUGUUCAGCAGUAUUGACCUUCAUCCAUCUAGAUAUAAAAAAAAACUGUAUGGAGGUGAUUUCAUUGUAAAUAUGUACUUUUUUUUUUUCAUAUGUUCCUGUGGUACUUCCCCCCCCCCCCCAUGUCCAUCAUUAAAAGUAUCUUUGGUAUUACAUCCUAUUGAUUAUGUGGAAGUCAUGCCAGCAAAAUAACUGGUGGUCUUGGGAUACAUAAAAAUAAAAUCUUACAGAAAAAAAAUCAUUUAUUUUUCCAUUCAACAACAUUUGUAGGAAAAAAA